GAGAAAAAAGAAAAGAAAAACAAAACUUUUUGAAGUUAUUUUUAGUAACCUAAUUUUUUUCCUAAAUGGUCAACGAAUUGUGGAAAAAGAUAUCGAUCCGCUGACAACACUUGCCAAUUACUUACGGGAUAACGCAAAAUUGACUGGAACAAAAAUUGGUUGUAAUGAAGGUGGCUGUGGUGCUUGUACAGUCCGUAUAAUACUUUGGAAUUGCAGAAAUUAUUCAGUAAAUGCCUGCUUGACGCCAGUGUGUGCUGUUUUUGGUAAAGCGAUAACAACGGUCGAAGGAAUUGGAAAUUCCAAAAAUUUACAUCCAGUUCAAGAACGUUUAGCUAUCGCUCACGGUACUCAAUGCGGUUAUUGCACUCCGGGUUUCGUCAUGGCAAUGUAUUCGCUUUUGAGGAAUAAUCCGAAACCAACAAUAAAAAGCAUCGAUACUGCCAUUCAAGGCAAUUUAUGCCGAUGUACCGGAUACCGUCCAAUUCUAGACGCAUUUUAUUCAUUUAGCGAAGACUAUCAUCCUGAAAAUAGCUGCCAGACAACUGAUAUUGAUCCACGUAAAACUUUUUCCAAACUUACAACCUUUGAAAAUUGUAAGCCAUUUGAUCCAGCUACUGAGCCAGACUACGGUGCUUUGAUAAAGGUAGCUGAAAAUCUAACAAACGCAUCGUUUCAACUUAAAAAAAAUGGCCGUUCGUGGAACAAGCCAAAAACUCUGGCAGAACUGCUCUCACUUAAAAAGCAGUUACCACAUGCUCGUUUGAUAUCUGGCUAUUCAGAAGUUGGAGUUGAAGUCAAAAUUUUGUUCAAAGACGUUAAAGACGCGAUUUACUUACGAGAAGUAUAUCCUGAAAAAGGCGCUUUUAUCGGAACCGGUUACAGUUUGAAUGAAAUGGGAAAAUUGCAGAAGGAUACUUUAGGUUUCUUUCUUUUAGAAUGGCAACAAAAAUGUCACAACGCUGUCAUCGAGAUGUUGCAUUGGUUUGCCGGUAAUCACGUUCGAAAUACAGCUAGUGUUGGAGGAAAUAUAGCAACUGCAUCGCCUAUUAGUGACUUGAAUCCUUUAUGGCAAGCUUUCAAUGCUAAAAUUCUCUUGGAGUCGGAGGACCGCGGAAAACGAAUUGUUCCUAUAGACGAAAAUUUCUUCUCAGGUUACCGAAAAACGAUUAUUGAACCGGACGAACUAAAAUGGUUGGUACCUUUGCAGACGGAUUUUAUUCGUGCGUACAAACAAGCUCAACGACGAGAAGAUGAUAUUGCUAUCGUCACAGGUGCAUUUUAUACUGAUAUUGACCCUGAAACGCUUAUUAUCCGGAAUAUUAGAAUGUCGUACGGAGGGAUGAGUCCUACAACAAAGAUGGCAUUAAGCACGAUGAAGAAGUUAUGUGGAAGAAAAUGGGACGAUGAGACACUGAAGGUAGCCCUAGAUGGGCUAAACAGUGAAAUGAAAUUACCCCCUGGUGUACCUGGUGGAAUGUCUCGAUAUCGUUUGGCUUUAGCAAAAUCUUUCUUCUUCAAAUUUUUUAGCUAUGUUGCUGAAAAACUGAAGGUUUGUGUCUUAUCUUCAGAGUUGGAAGCAACACAAAUAUAUCAUGAUGUCCCACUUGGCCGAUGUAUAAUCGAUCCUGUUGGCAGGCCACUGGCACAUCGAGCCUGUGACGUUCAGGUUACAGGAGAAGCAAGUUAUUGCGACGACAUUAUUCCGGCAAAUUGUCUUUAUAUGGCUUUUGUACAGUCGCCGAUUGCUUCUGGCACAAUACAGUCUGUAGACUAUACCGAAGCUUUGAGAAUGCCAGGAGUUCGGGGCUAUAUAGAUCAUAACGAUGUCCGUACUGAUGCCAAAUUGGGCCAUGUACAUGACACACCUGUUUUUGCGAAAGACAAGGUCGUUUAUCACUGUCAGCCUAUAGCUGCUAUAGUAGCAGACAGUCACGACGCAGCGAGGAAUGCUGCCAAUGCAGUCAAAGUCAAGUGUACACCGGAAGAACCAAUUGUUACUAUAGAACAAGCAAUAAAAGCACACUCAUAUUUGCGCGACAGUCCGUUCUUAGUUCGCAGCGACUUAGCACCAAACUAUGGGGAUCAUGACGCUGUUACCAAAGACUGGUCAAAGUAUGACCACGUAAUUGAAGGAAGAAUAAAACUUGGGGGUCAGGAGCACUUUUACUUGGAAACUUCCAACUGUGUUGCCAUACCGCACGAAGGCGACGAACUGGAAGUCUUUGUUUCGGCGCAGACAACUGCGGAUGUCCAGGCAGAAAUCUCUCAUGUGUUAAAUAUUCCCAGUCACAAGAUUACUGUAAGAGUAAGGCGUAUGGGUGGUGGAUUUGGUGGAAAAGAGAGCACUUCUCCGUUAUUUUCUGUUCCUGCAUCAAUUGCUGCAAAAAAGUUCAAAAGACCAGUCAAGUUUUUGGUGGAACGCUUUGAUGACAUGGCUGUGACAGGCACUCGCCAUCCAUUCUUAAGCUGUUACAAGUUGGGACUGAGUAAAGAGGGUAAAGCUCAAAAUUACGAAUGCAAUCUGUACUCGAACUGUGGACAUAGCUUUGACAUUUCUCCUGGCGUAAUGCAUCGUGCCAUGGUUUUCGCUGAUGGAGUAUAUCGUGUACCAAACGCUACUAUUAAAGGAUUGAUGUGUAAAACUAAUUUGGCAUCAAAUACUGCUUUCAGAGGAUUUGGAGGUCCACAAGGUGCUAUUACGGCAGAAGCUAUGAUGGUAGAGGCUGCAGAACGAUUAGGAUUUGACGUUAACGAACUGCGUGAGAAGAACUUUUAUAAGGAGGGAGAAUGUACACCUUUCGGUAUGCAUUUGCAUAAGAAUAACAUUAAAAGAUGUUGGGACGAAUGUUUCGAACUUAGUGACUAUGAAAAUCGACGUGAGUCGGUCAAAGAUUUUAACAGGCGAAACACUUAUUUUAAACGCGGCAUUUUUGUAACUCCUCAUCGAUUUGGAAUCGGUUUUGGCAUCAAGCACCUUAACCAAGGUGGUGCUGUGGUUAAUAUAUAUCGUGACGGCACUGUACUCGUCGCUCAAGGAGGGACCGAAAUGGGUCAAGGACUAUUCACGAAACUGACGCAAGUUACGGCUAAAUGUCUCGGAGUAGAUAUUUCUAAAGUGUUUUUGAAAGAGUCAAACUCCGACGCUGUUCCUAACACCAGUCCCACUGCAGCUAGCAGUGGUAGUGACAUUAACGGAUUGGCGAUUCAGGAUGCUUGCAAGAAAAUUAAUGCGUAUCUUGAACCUCUAAGAAAAGCCAAUCCAGAACUUAGCUGGGAAGAACUAGUUGACAAAGCUUACUUGUCUCGUAUUCCACUAUUCGCAUCCGGGCACGCAACAAUUCAUAGUGAAGCAGUCGAUUUUGAUACCGGGCGUGGAGCUGAAAUGUUUGGCUACUGUGUUUAUGGUGCUGCAUGCAGUGAAGUUGAAGUUGACUGUCUAACUGGAGAUCACAGGUUUCUCCGUGCUGAUAUUGUUAUGGAUGUUGGUGAGUCUCUAAAUCCAGCGAUCGAUAUUGGUCAAAUUGAAGGAGCUUUUGUGCAGGGAUACGGGCUUUUCACUAUGGAGGAAGUUAAAAUUAGGCCUGAUGGAACACGUUUAACCAGAGGGCCAGGUACUUACAAAAUACCUUCGGCUGAUGAUGUUCCACGAAAAUUUAAUGUUAAACUGUUAAAAGGUUCAUCAAAUCCAAAUACUAUAUUCUCUUCUAAGGCAAUCGGUGAGCCUCCGCUGUUUCUCGGUGUUAGUUCAUAUUUUGCAAUUCGUGAAGCAGUAAAAGCUUAUCGAGAACAAAACGGUCUUCAUGGCUAUUUCCAAUUCGAUCCACCAGCCACUGCAGAAAAAAUUCGCGUUUUCUGCGAAGAUUCACUUUUCCAAGGAAUAGAUAAAUUGCCACCUGCGGAAGAAUACACGCCGUGGACAGUCGAAUUGUAA